UCUUUGCAGAUAUACCUGCUGCUUUUCCUGUUGCUAUAUAUCUCGAGCUACGCGCUGAUCGCGCGUUUCAGACGCCGGGAUCGCGAGGAUUACUUGUCGGUGGACGAGGAUGAGGUCACCGUGUACAGGAUCAGCCUCUGGCUGUGCACGGUUGCCCUGGCAAUUUCCGUCGGCGCGACUCUCCUACUUCCGGUGUCUAUCGCCAGUAAUGAGGUCCUCAUUUUGUACCCGAAUAGCUACUACGUCAAGUGGCUCAACAGCUCCCUUAUCCAAGGUCUAUGGAACCACGUAUUCCUAUUUUCGAAUUUAUCGCUCUUUGUGUUUCUGCCUUUCGCCUAUCUCUUUACGGAGUCUGAAGGUUUCGAAGGCCAUAAAAAGGGCGUGAUGGCGAGGGUGUACGAGACAGUGACAGUUCUCUGUCUCUUGGGUACUCUCGUACUGGGAAUGACCUAUGUCCUGUCGGCCUUGUUAGAUUAUCAAAACUCAAGUUUGCACACGUUGCUCAAUUUAUGGAGUUAUUAUCUGCCUUUCCUGUACUCCUGCGUCUCGUUUGUUGGCGUAGUAAUGUUAUUGCUAUGCACUCCAGUGGGAUUCGUACGACUGUUUGACGUGGUGGGGUCGUUUCUUGUUAAACCCCAAUUUCUGAAGAACUUGGAUGAGGAGUUCUUCGCGUAUAGAUUAGAGGAGGACUGUAUCCGUAGGAGAUUGCAGCACGUGAAAGCUACGGGAAAAUCGUACGUGUCGCCGGUGCCGAUGUCGCCGGCGAUGAGUUGCGGCUGGUCGAUGCACGAGGACGACGAGCCGCUGCUGUGCAUAAGCCCAGGUUUGCUGUGUCUAAGGAAUGGUGCUCUGCAAAAAGGCCUUUCUCAACGGCUGGACGAUGUUCAGAGGCGACGACAGCUGCUGGACCAACAGCGGAGGACCUGGUGGGUCCGGCGCACGCUACUUUAUCCGGUAGCGAUGCUGGCGCUGCUCAUUUUGUCCACCGCCACGGCUCUAUUAGCGGUGCAAAAUACUAUAGAAUUACUGAUAGGCAUCAAGGCAUUGCCGUUGAGCACGAGGCAAUUUACGCUCGGCAUCAGUUCUCUGUCUAAGCUCGGGCCUGUCGGUGCGGCCAUCGAGGUAGCGGUGAUCCUUUACCUGGCCGUGACUAGCGCAAUCGGCCUGUACGUCUUACCGGGCGUGAGAAUCGUCCAACCAAAAUUUCGCUCCACACCGCUCACCCAUCUCAUUGCAAAUUGCGCCCUUUUGCUUGUGCUAAGUUCGGCAUUACCGCUAUUAUCGCGAAUCCUAGGAAUGACAAACUUUGAUCUACUGGGUGAUUUUGGACGCAUCGAGUGGCUUGGUAACUUCAAGCUCGUGCUCCUCUACAAUCUGAUCUUCGCGACGGCGGCGAUUAGCUGCCUGACCACCAAGUUUACAGCGACUGUGCGCAAGGAGAUUUACACCCGUCUGAGGAGCAGCCUGCUCGGCAUCUUCAGAACUACCAGCGUCACCGCCGACGCAAAGAAAUAUUCACCGUCGUCAGGGAUGUUUUCUACAAAGGAAGAUUAGACUGAUUUGUUAUAUUAUUAUAUAAUUAAUUAAACAGAGAGAGAAAAGAGACGCCGGAACCUUGCGAAAGUUUGCCCGGUUUUUAUGUUCUUGUAUGCAGAAUUACAAGGAGUCUCUCAAAGACGUGAGAAAUUUAUGCCGUACGACGUAUGUAGGAAAGCAGUUGCAGAGCUCUCAAACUUGCAGAUCUUUGGACGUGCCAAUCCUUCGAUGCUUGAAGUCUUGGACUGGACUGGAUCGUUAGAUUCUUACGUGCUCGAGCGAUCACGCCGAGGUCUUCUGUAUUUUCAUGUUCCAAGAUUCCAAAACUGCUCGUUUCUUUUAAUCUUUUAAGAAUUUAUGAAUCUAAACAUAAUCUAAAUAUAUGACAGUAUAUUUAAAUAAAGGUGUUGCUUCGUGUUCAAAAGAUUGGCUUUUCCAAGGAAUUUGAAUUGGUUACAUUGAAAUCACCGGCAAACUUCGUCGGUGAUCAAAAUAUAAUCUUGAUUAUAUCCCUUCCUUUUUUUUAAGGAUAAUGCGUUUUUGCUCUUGCGCCAUCGAAAAUCGCUGCAUUAAAGAGCCAAUGAAACUUUCGUAAGAGCCAAGAAGUUUAUCGCUUAGAGUAAGCGAACGCUAGUGAUUAUUUGUAAUUAAGACGCGCGAAGCCAGUCAAGGGUAGCGAUCAUGACGGAAAUGUGAAAAGUGAAAAGUUUUACCAUUAACUUCAAUGGUUAAAAUUUUCACUUUUCACAGAUAAAGUUACUUUUCAAAGAUAAAGUUACAUGAUCGCUACCAAGAACAUGUAGUCCGAUAAGGACAAAAGGUGGUCACAUCCGUAAUACAUAGCGUUAAAUAUUUAUUUAUUACAUUAAUGCUAUUUUUAAGAAUAUGUUUGUCCGGGCCCGGGAAAAGGACCCAGUAAUUGAGCGAGUAUGUGUCACGAUCGAAUGAUUAGUUUAUAGUGGAUGUAAGGACUGCAAGGAGGAUACGAUACAAUUUACGCAUAUAUAAGGUGUUCGGUGAAAUUGUUCAUCAAUGUACUGGGCAAGAAUCUAUCCUCCGCGAAAAGAAUCUUCGAUGAAUUCAUUUACCUUAUUUUAUAAUUUCCAAUUGUGCAUAAAAGAAAAAACAGUUUCAAUUUAAAUGAUAAAUUUUAAUGACUGCUUGAAAUAAAAACCUAAGAAAUAUUAACUGGGUUAUAACGAAAGCGUAAGGAAUUGUUUAACAUCUCAUGCGGAAUACGAAAUGUUCUUAGACUGAAUAAAUCGCAAUAAAAUGAGAUUUUAA